CUGAUCGCUAUAAUUAUUAGAUAGCUUCUAUACCUAGGUAAAGAGUGCAAAGUAAGAACAUGUGGUGUUGACACCCCCUGACUACCGGUAAAAGCCGGCUUUAUAUCAUAGCUUGAAGUUCAUCUGCAUUCAGCGGCUAUUCAAUUCACAUUCUUUCUUUUGAUAUUCAAGCUUUUGAUUUGGGCGGACAAUAGAGCAACAACCUUCGAAGGUUGGCUUGACAAUGCUUCUUCUGGAGUGUCUUAGUUAUCUCUCGCUCUUUGGAGCUGUGGUGACGGCUUCACAUUUGAAUUUUCAUCAUUCCCACAAGCGUAGUGCCGUGGAAUAUGACUAUGUCAUUGUUGGAUCCGGUGCUGGAGGUGGCCCCCUCGCUGCCCGUCUCGCGAUAGCCGGGUACAAAGUUCUCCUGCUCGACGCUGGCACCGAUGAAGGGAAUGCAACUCAACAAAUGGUUCCAGCAUUGCAACUCCAGUCUACCGAGUAUGAGCCCCAACGCUGGGAUUACUUUGUCAACCACUACACCGAUCUUGAUCGUCAAAAGGAAGAUUCCAAGAUGGUAUAUAACACGAGUUCUGGGGAACUAUACGUCGGUCUUGAUCCCCCUGCUGGUGCUGAACCACUUGGUAUUCUCUACCCACGUGCUGGAACUCUAGGAGGGUGCACGGCACAUAAUGCUAUGAUUACCGUGACGGCACAAGAUGCCGAUUGGCAAUAUAUUGCAGACAUUACUGGCGACAAGUCAUGGGAGCCCGACAAUAUGCAGACCUACUUUGAGCGUCUGGAGGCCAACCGUUACCUGCCAACUUCAAUUGUCGGCCAUGGCUUUAACGGAUGGCUCAUGACCACCUUGACCUCGCUGGGUCUGGUUGUCGAAGACCAGAAGCUCUUGUCCUUGAUUCUAGCCUCCUGUACAGCUGCUGGAAAAUCCAUCUUGGGUAUGAUUAUUAACACCGUGACUGGCCUAGCCGGUGUCCUUCUUCGAGAUCUGAACUCUCCCGAUCGAAACUGGGCCACGGGGCCCUUCCAAGUUCCUCUCGCUGUCAAACUUCCAGAUCAUUCCCGUACUGGACCUCGCGAUUUCCUCAUGAAUACCAUAGCCGCUACAAACUCGGACGGGUCACGCAAAUACGUUCUCGACAUCCAGCUUGAAACGCUCGUCACAAAGGUCAUCUUUGAUCAAACUGGUGCUACUCCGCGCGCGGUCGGAGUCGAGUAUCUCCAGGGCCAGAGUCUUUACCGUGCUGAUUUACGCUCGAGUAAGGCAGGUCCCGGUACUCCUGGAGCAGUGAACGCCACCCGUGAGGUCAUUCUGUCUGCCGGUGCUUUCAACACCCCCCAAUUACUCAAACUGAGUGGUGUCGGCCCCAGGGCUGAACUGGAGCAGUUCGACAUUCCUGUAGUAGCUGAUUUACCAGGCGUCGGCACCAAUCUUCAAGACCGUUAUGAGAAUACCGUUAUCGGCGAAGCUCCCACAGACUUUUUCAUCACUGCCCAAUGCACAUUCCUUCGUACUUCUCCCGAUCCAUGUCUCAAGCAGUGGGAGGACAACAAGAUUGACCCGGGCACAUAUGCUACCAAUGGAAUCGCCAUUGCCAUCCUCCGCAACAGCAGCACUUCUGAUACCUCUUUCCCGGAUAUUUUCGUCUCCGGUGCACCAGCCAAUUUCAAGGGAUACUCUCCUGGUUACUCCGCCUAUUCAUUGGCUGACGCAAAACACUGGGCAUGGAUCAUUCUGAAAUCCCACGUACGCAACAACAUGGGCACAGUGACACUGCGCUCGACAGAUCCCCGCGAUACACCCGUUAUCAAUUUCCGCUAUUUCGACGAAGGCGUUACUACCGAUGGGGCCGCUGACCUGGACCUACAAGCCCAAUACGAAGGGAUGAUGUUCGCCCGUCAAGCCUUUGCUGACUUGAUUCCUCUCGAUGGCUCGUUCACCGAAACCUGGCCCGGCCCUAACGUUACCACUGAGGCGGAAAUGAAGGAUUUCAUUAAACGUGAGGCUUGGGGACAUCAUGCAUCGUGCACUUGCCCUAUUGGCAGCGACUCGGACCCUAAUGCUGUUUUGGAUUCGGAGUUCCAUGUUCGUGGCGUUGAGGGUUUGCGGGUUGUGGAUGCCUCUGUCUUUCCCAAGAUUCCGGGGUAUUAUAUCGCUCUGCCCACGUAUCAGAUCAGCGAGAAGGCUUCGGAUGUCAUUAUUGCCGCGGCGAAAGCGAGCGGUAACUGAAAGCUCGUAACUGAUGCUUUUGUUCGAUCGUAUAUAGAGAUGUAAGAUAAUUCUUCCUGUACAUUAUCUUCUUGCCAUUAGACCUUUGUCCAUAUACUAUGUAACUAUAGAGGAUCUCUCCUCAACUACGUACUGUACCAGCGAUUUUGACUUAUGGCCCCUAAAACCCAUGUUCACCAGUAGCAAAGCUUUUACCAGAACAUGGUCGAAAACUCCAUCCCAGUUCACGUUCGAAUCUGAUUGCUUCUGCUCCAUUCAAGUAACUGCGCUUCAGUCCAUAGUUAAGACUGAUU